CGUUGAAAUGAAAUUGAAUAAAGAAGAGACUUAUUUUUCCGAUUAUCUUGAAGCCCCCUGAACGCGAUGCCAAAGUGUUACACGGAGGGAUUUGAGCGACGGACACGAUUGUCGUAAAUGUGGGGAGAACGAACCCCUUACCUGCUGCGACUUGAUGGUUGCUUGUUUUAAAACAUGAGUUAGUUAAUUUGAAUGAAAAGUCGCUGAUGUGUUUCUGUAAAUUCUCCUUUAGUGACCCGAGUGACUGACGGCUGCUUUAAAGCCUCAUGGCGCAGCCAGGAAACUUCAGCAUCCCUGCUGGUGCUAAUUUAUCAUCUCACGAAGAAGAAGAAGAAGUGGGACCACCAGGCGGACCGUCUCCUCUGUGUGUCCACGGUGAGACCAACACCUCCACAGCCGGAGGUCUGACGCCGGAGGGUCCGGACAGGCCGGCCGGGGAGCGGGCUCUGGUGUCCGGCUUCAAACAGCUGAAGCUGGAGAAAGACGCUCAGAAAAACUGGGACUUGUUUUAUAAAAGAAACACCACAAACUUCUUCAAGGACCGACACUGGACCACCAGGGAGUUUGAAGAGCUCAGGGCCUGCAGAGAGUUUGAGUCGCAGAAGCUCGUGCUGCUGGAAGCUGGAUGUGGAGUCGGAAACUGCCUCUUCCCUCUGCUGGAGGACGACCUCAACAUCUUUGUUUAUGCCUGUGACUUCUCACCACGAGCCGUCGAAUUUGUCAAAAAAAACCCGGUGUACCGCCCCGAGCGCUGCAGUGCCUUCCAGUGCGAUCUGACCAAAGAUGAUCUGACGGAGAACGUGCCGGAGGGCGCCGUGGAUGUGGUCACUCUCCUCUUUGUGCUGUCGGCCGUCCAUCCUGACAAGAUGAAGCUGGCUCUGCAGAACAUCAGCAGGGUGCUGAAGCCCGGAGGCGUCGUCCUGUUCAGGGACUACGGCCUGAACGACCACGCCAUGCUCCGGUUUAAAGCCGGCAGCAAGCUGGGGGAGAACUUCUACGUCCGCCAGGAUGGCACCCGGUCCUUCUUCUUCUCUAAAGAGUUUCUGGCGGCGCUCUUCGAGGAGACGGGCUUCAGGUGUGUCACUAAUGACUACGUCCUGAGAGAGACGGUCAACAAGAAGGAGGGGCUGUGCGUCCCCCGAGUCUUCCUGCAGAGCAAGUUCACCAAAGCCAGCCAAUCACAGAGCGGCUGAUGUCUCCUUACCAUAUCCACCUCCAGACAUUAAAACUGAAACGUCUGAUUGACACAAAACGCUGAAACCUCAGUGGAGGAGGCUCAACGCACUGCAGCGUUUGAAUCCGUCACGAGGAGAAGCAGCUGGAUGAAUAUUUAACGCUCCAGAAAAUCUGUCAGACGACUUUUUAAAUUUGAAAAGUUUGAACUUUAAGUUUAGGAGCGCGACGCUUCACAGGUGUGUCAUGAAUAAGGUGAAUGAAGAGUUAACCUGUCAGUGCCUCUUUUUUAAACAAGCUCAGCCGUCUUCACGUCUGUUUAUUUAUAUUGAUGUUGUGACGCUGUCCUGAUCGGUCUGGAGCUCCACACACACACACACACACACACACACACACACACACACACACACACACACACACAAUGAUUCUCUUCGAGCUGCAGCAGCUUCCUGUUUCAUGUUCUGUGGUUAAGCCCCCCCAGCCCCCGUUUAAAAGGAUGUUAUGUUAACACCUGCAGGGUUACUCUGAUGAGCGAUAUGUAGACAGAACUUCAUCUACAGAGUUUGUUUUUCAAACUCUUUGCAGUCAGAACCUGAAUGAAGGGAUCAGAAGGAUCGCUCUAUGUAACAUGACUGACACGAGCGCCUCACCUGACAGACUGGAUGCCGACUUGAGUCUAAACAACGAGAAACCACACAGACAAGAAGCUGUGAGGUGCGCAGCUUUCAUAUCUAUUCAGGGGCCUCACAAUAAAACAUUUUGAACACC